AUGUCCCACGCACUUGAACUGGAAAGAGUUGAAGCAGAAGCAAACCCACUGAAGCAAAAAAGGCAGAUUUUCCAGUCGAGACCCCUAGGUCCGGCCAUCAGCCAGGGUUCACAUUUCCGCCCCUGUGAGACUUGUGGCAAGAUUCAUGGGGGGGAAUGUUAUUGGGCCACUGGAGCCUGCUUUAACUGUGGAGGCAAGGGCCAUAUAGCUAAAGAUUGUACUAGUGCUCCGAGAUAUGGUCCAGCUCCUACUACUGCCGAGGGAUCUAUUCAGAGUCCUGCUCCUAGAGGUUCACAGUCUGUUAGCAGAGGAAGAGGCAGAGGUAGAGGCACUGCUUCAGGCAGUCAGGGCACAGUUGGUCAGUCUGCACAAGGAAGUGCGUCAGCCAGAGUCUACACGAUGAGACAACGAGAAGAGGCUGAGACUUCCGAUGUGGUAGCUGAUACAGAGAUUAGAGGAGCAGCAGAUCGAGCCGAGGUGUGUGAAGUCAUCAGUUUGAAGCCUUCGGGUAUAAUUUAUACCCUAACUGUAAAUACUUCUUUUGAUGUAUAUAUUGCACAUAAAUGUAUGGACAUGUAAAAAUGGGUCUUGAGCAGCUUGUACACAAAUUUGUAUGAAGUUUGUAAUAAAGUUUAGUUUGUGUUUCUUUUGAUAUAAAUUUGUAAGGUUAUGUAUAAAUUAUUUUGUUUUUAAUGAAAUAUGAAUGAUAUUGAUUGACAGUA